CCACGUCACUAAAUCCGGAAAACCCCAUAAACCAAAAGCUGCAAAUGUCAACAAAAAAAUACAAGCUUGAGAGGAAAACAAAGAUCUAUGUGUUUAUCAGCCAUUUUAUGUCAGCAUGGGGAGACCGUAUGUGGUCCUUUGGAGUGGGGCUUUUCCUCAUCAGUUUGGCCCCAGACUCUCUUCAAUUGCCUGCAGUCUAUGGAUUCUCCUCAGGAGGGGCCACGCUCCUCUUUGCAGGGCUUGUGGGAUACUGGGUUGACAACACCCCUCGACUUUCAGCGGCUAGAGUUUCCCUGGUGAUACAAAACCUCCUGGUUGUGUUGUGUGCUUCAGUGGUUUUCUGUGUGUUCUUCUUUGGACUAGACAAAGAAAAUGCUCCAGUCUCCGAAGUCUUGAUUCAUGGUAGCAGGGGGGUCAUUAUUGUGUUGUCCAUUCUGGCGGGCUUGGCCAGUAUUGCUAGGAAGAUUGCCAUUGAGAAGGAUUGGGUUGUGGAAAUCUGUGGCAGAGACAAAGACAUGCUGGCCUCAAUGACCUCAAAACUAAGGGCCAUUGACCUCUGCACCCAGAUUUUGGCUCCUGUUCUUACAGGUCAGGUCAUGACCUGGUUAGGGAUCCAGUAUGGAGCUGUUUUGAUUGGUGUUUGGAAUCUAGUGUCUGUGUUUGUGGAAUAUUAUCUGAUUCUUAAAGUUUACCAAGAAGUUCCUGCUCUGAAAAGCAAAAUGUACAAGAAAAAGGCAGACAAAGAUGUAGCUGAAAUAACACAACCAGUCCAAAAUGAGGAAGAAAAAGAUAUAACUGCUGAAGAGGAUGUAAACAUUGUCUGUGAAAAGACAAUAGAAAAUUCUGCCUUCCCAGAAGAAGCUACUACAGAAUCAGCAAAAGAUGAAGAUACCCAAAUCAAAUCUAUUGAAGCCUCUGCAACUCCAGAAAAGAAGAUUCAAAAAGCAACAGAGCUGACAGGUUGUGCAUGGUUCUUGAAUAAGAUGUUCUACAGUUUUAUAACCCUGUAUAGGGGUUACAGGACAUAUUUUAAAUAUGAAGUUGCCCUCGCUGGACUUGGACUCUCCUUUUUGUAUAUGACUGUCCUGGGCUUUGACAGUAUUACUAUAGGCUAUGCCUAUUCCCAGGGUCUCUCUGAGGCUAUUUUGGGAGGACUGCAGGCAGGAGGUGCUCUGGUAGGAAUCCUGGGAGCAUUUGCCUAUCCUGUGAUCCGGAAGAUUGUCAGUCUUGAGAGGACUGGUUUGUUUGGACUAGGUUCUCAAAUUCUGUGUUUGUGUUUUUGUGUGGCCUCUGUAUGGACCCCUGGCAGUCCUUUUGAUCUAUUAGGCACUCCAAAGACCUCAGUUAACAACAUACUUGAUGUAAAGUGCCAGAAUGGAUCUUAUGUGUACACUACCAAUGUGACUUUAUCUCCAAGUGAUAUAUCUUCGAUUUCAAUAAAUAAUUCUUCUUUUCCUUCUGGCAUGCAAUGUAAUGAGACCACUAGUUCAUCAGAGGCGUCACCUGACAUAUCAAUAUGGCUACUAAUGGUUGGAAUCAUCACAGCUAGAUUUGGUCUUUGGGUUUCAGACCUCACAAUCACACAGCUUUUUCUACAGACUGUGGAUGAGACAGAGCGAGGCAUUGUCAACUCCAUGCAGAACUCCAUGAACAAACUCAUGGAUAUGCUGAAGUUUAUCAUGGUUAUAGUGGCACCAUACCCCCAUCAGUUUGGUUUGCUGACCCUCAUUUCAUUUUCCUUUAUCUGUAUGGCCUGGGUUCUGUAUGCCGUGUACUGCCGUCGAGUUAGAGGGCAUUUCUUUCACUUUGAGAAAGUGACUCAGUGUUUGGAUCAUCAAAAUAAUAAUCAGACAUCACAACACACAUCAAACACAUAAACUAGUCAGGGAGUGUGAAAGAUGAUUUCUGUAAAUUCACAAAAAAGCACAAAACUAAUUUACUUAAGCAUUGAAUUCUUAUUUUGUGGAUGACCUGGCUGUGCCAACAAAUUGAAUACCGCACUUUAGCGCGGUAUGAUAAUUUGUCGGUACGGCCAGGUGUGUUAAAGGACCGAUGACAUCCAAAAAUAAGAAUCCAAUGCUUAUAUUUACAUUCUCUAAUUUUCUCUCUUCAUAAUUGUUUAUUUUGUUUAUCUUUAUUAUGAAUUUAGUGCCUUUCAGAACUGAUGUGCUUAAUAGCUGAAGAGCCAUUUGUGACGUUGGAAAGUUAAAUAGUGCAAAUGAACAUGAGAGAGAAAAAAAAGGGCAAAUUAAUUUUAAAUGCACAGUAGUUGUAUUUUACGUUAAUUUAACAGGGUAGUUGUUUUUUUUAAAUUAAAUUGAGUCAAAACAAUAUACAUUUUGGUGUUCCUAGAUAUUGAAAAUGCACAUAGUUCCUGCUGUGUAUUCAACCGCGUUGUGACAAGAUUUCACGUGUGUUGUAGAGAUUUGAAAGUCGUAGAUUUCCAAUGGAUUUCAUAAAGAAAAUUGCACUGAAUGUAAAUAUAGUGAUUUAGUUUCAUAAUGUUAAGAAUUUUAUA